AGGAGCAAGAACUGAAACGAAGCCGAAGCUUGUGGCCAGUUUCAGUCGCGGCGCUCGACCGUCAAGCUCGCCAUCCGGCACGUUGGGUACGGCGAGAUGCGAAAAUCGUCGCCGAUAUUCUCGACCGAGUGGACAAAACCGGAGUCGACUCUCGCGACGAGCGACGCGUCUGUGUCCUGCUCGAUGAACCUCUGACGCGGUCGCGUUCGUUUGGUUUCUCGUGUGGAACGCGAGUUUCGUUCGUCGUUCGUCCAAGUACUGCCAAGUGGAUCGUUUCUGGCCGUUGGGAAAUCGGGCUCAGUGCUCGAUGCCCAGCUGCAUCGUCGAAGCCUGUCUUUCGAACGAGUUCGCCGUCGCGUCGGUUCGUCGUACGCCCUCGUCGGCAUGUUCGAUCGUGCUCAUUGACUACGAAGGAACGAAUAGUAACUUCGACAGCAUGAUUUACCAGCCGAACCACCAGUCGCCGACGAUGUCGUCCGCCAGGAAGACGUCACCGCGGCCCCAGCGUCGGAACUUGCAGGCGUCGUCGGGGAAAUGCGCGAACGCGAAGGCGAAGCGCGGAAACGACAGAACAGGGAACGAGGACAGGUGCAGAGGAAGGUGCAGAGUGCAGUGGAGCGAGAAACACGUGAAGGAGGGGUUGGUUCUCGUUCAGGAGGCGCAACUCGCCAGGGUGGUGAAAACCGGGCCCAUCGCGGAGCACUACGAGAUCGACCCAAAGCCGUUCGCCAACGGACAAUGGGCGAAAGUGUAUCGCUGCAGGUCUCGAUCGACCGGUAUCCUUUACGCGGCCAAGUACUCGUCGAGGAACCGAUUCAACGCGGAAUGCAGCGCCGAGCUGAGACACGAGAUCGCUCUGCUCUCUCUCUGUUCGCAAUCGCCGCGCGUCAUUCGGCUGCACGACGUCUACGAGACGCCCAAGGAGAUUAUCCUCGUGAUGGAAUACGCCCCCGGUGGCGAUCUGCAGACGCUCAUCGACGGCGAUUUGGUACCGCUCGAAGGUGACGUGGUGCACUUUGUCAGGCAGCUAGUAGAAGGACUUGCCUACCUCCACGAGAGAAAUAUCGCCCAUUUGGACAUCAAGCCGCAGAAUUUAGUGAUGAUGGGCAGUUUUCCUGAGUGCGACGUGAAACUAUGCGACUUCGAGAUCUCGAGGGUGGUUUUAGAGGGGACGGAGGUUCGAGAAAUCCUUGGAACACCGGAUUACGUGGCUCCCGAAAUCCUCCAUUACGAGCCAAUCACGUUGGCCGCAGACAUGUGGUCCCUGGGCGUGACAACCUACGUUCUGUUGACGGGAUUCUCUCCUUUUGGUGGUGAAACCGACCAAGAAACGUUCCAAAAUAUAUCGCUCGGCGAAGUGGACUUCCCCGAGGAGCUUUUCGGGGACAUUUCGGCGCAGGCAAAAGACUUUGUCGCGAAGCUUUUGGUGCUAGACCCAAGUGCACGGAUGACCGCGAAACAAUGCCUGCGUCACGAUUGGCUGCGCGGCGCGCCUACGCAAGCGUCGCCACAUCUGAGAAGAUACCUGUCAAAGUCGAGGGAAGUUCUGUUGGAGCGCGUCGUCAGCCGGGAGAAUCUACGAAGAGCAGCGCUUUUGAGCCAAACGAGCAGCCAAGCGAAUCUGUCGAGCGACGUCCAAGAGUCGAACAAUUGCGACCAAAGCUUGCAGGAUUGUUUGCUGAGUCAAAGCGAAAUGUGUCUGAGUCACCGUCUCACCGAAAGUCGAUCUAGUCUCGAGAGCAGCGAAGGUUUUCCGAGCCCGGCGGAGUCUCGAACGAGUUUGAAUUCCUCCAGGACCAACUUGAGCUGCGCCAGUCAGAGUUGCCUGCUAAACAAAGAGCAAACGCAAGGUUUGCUUAGUCGCGCUCAAAGUCGAUCGCAGGCAAAUCUGAAUCACGGUCCGAGCCGAGGACUCUUAUCCAGAAUACGGAGUCUGAAUCGGGUCCAGUCUCAGGCGUGUUUGCUCAACGGAAACUCCUCGGUAACCUCGAGCUCGCUGCAAACGCGAAUGAUAAUAAAUCCCGUGAUCAGCAAGUCGCGCGAGAAACUUUAUGGGCUGAGAUCGUUGUCGAAGUCCCAAGGGGUUUUGGACAUAUACAGAAGUCUCGAGUGUCUGAAACGAAAAAGGAAGAGCUAUCAGCGCGCCAAGACCGAGGAUAUGUUGCCGAUCUUUAAACAUCUCGGCGCUGAAAUCGACACCUCCAAUUCGUCCAACGCGUCGAUCGAGACCACGCGAGACGUAGACGAUAUUCCUGCGUUGGACGCCGUCGAAUCGAACGAAAACGAAAAUAUACCCGAAUCGAACGCGUCGGGGCUGGAUAUUGCAAAGGACGUUGAAGAUAUCACGGAAUCCUCGAUUAUUGAAAAUAACGAAAAGAGCCUGGAAGCAUCGAGGGAACGAUCCUUCGAAUCGGAGGAGAAUUUGGAUUCGUUGAAGUCCAUCGAGUCGGAUACGUUGACCGAGGAUUCAGACGAAACGUCCGUAAAUCGCGAAACAGAGUCGAACGCCGCUCACAAACGUCCUUGUCAGAGGCAACAUUCCGACGCUUCGAGUCAUUCCAACAAUUCCGCGACUUCGGACGACAAAGAAGAUCGUUCUACGGAGUCAGAAACGGAGGAGCCCAAGUAUACUGUGGCGCAGCUUGUGUCAGCGUUCAACAAGCACCAAGAGGUCGCCUCGAAAACGAGCUUAGAGGCGAUAAUGACGGAGAAGAGGAUCAACGAGGUAACGUUUCCAACUGGGACGAAGGCUCUGAGACUCUUUAUACCGGACAUCGACAUCACCGAGAGCAAGAUCGUCAGGCGAAAGACGAGCUACAAACCGCGAAAGAAUUGGGAAGAGCUGAGGAAGAAGAACGAGAAGAACGAGGGUCUGUUGAAAACCUUUGACCACGAUUCGGGGAACGAGGACGACGACACCGGCCACGAGAACCGAGAGAAAACGAAGACGAUCGACGAGAAGAAAUCGAACGUCGAAGACACGAAGGAAAAGAUCGACGAGCAAGAAGUCGUAUCGUCUCUGGAUCGAUGGUCCAUUCUACCGCCCAUUCAAAUCAACGGCGAUUCUAUCUUCGCCGAGAGUAUGGACGUUCGAGACAAUGUCGACACAACGAUCGACGAGAAAUACAAACGGUGCGUAAAGGGAGCCAAGAUGAACGCGACGGAGACAACGAGCGAAAAGUCUCAGAAAACGAUGCUCGCCGCGACCCCGGCUCGUCACAAAGAAAGACUGCCCAAUUUUAUAUAUUCCGAAGCGAGCAAGGACGCUACCAAGAAGACGUGUUCCGCGAUCACGAACGAGAAAAGCGAUCCGAAAGCUCGGAAGACGGACCGACAGAAGCCAACGUACAACGUGGAGUGCGUGAACGUGAACCUAAAAGACAUUCUACAGAGGGUGGACACGUUUCAAAGCACGCCGAAAGAGAACUUGGAGAAUUUAAGGAAAAGGACAUCGAUUGCGAAGAUAAUCUUGAACGACAACCUGCCUUACGAUGGCCAGGACACGAGCAACAGUUGUCGUGCCCGCAGCGAUCCACCCUCCAGUUUGUGUACCAGAGAGGAGAACAAUAAAGCGAAGCUCGACGUGCCACCCUCUUUCGUGAGAUCGUCCUCUUUAUCCAGCGACAGCAGCUGUCCUACGCCCUCCAGCGUGCAGUCGGACGUGAACGUCUCUUGGGAGGACGUCCAAGGUACGGCGGCGGGAUCGAGCGUGUCCUUGGAAAAGGAGGACCCCGGCAAGCUUCGAAAGAGAAACGAGAUUCAGAGGACGUCCAGCGAGGGAAGAAACAAACAAUGCACGGAAGACAAAAGACUGUGGGGCAGAGUUUGUACAGGCUCUUAUAGCAGAGCGAUGGAGAAGUUCAGCAAGAACAGCGACGCCAUUAAAAAACCGAUCGGACAAUCGAACGGUUCGCAACGUAACGAGAAAACCAGAAGGAAAAGCAGCCCCGCGAUGGCUCAAUACAUCAACCCGUAAAAGUUGAAUUCUACCUGCACGAAGACUGAAUCUAGAGCUUGGCCUUCCCUAAUUACGGUGACUAAGACCGGAAGGGAAUACGUCCGACAACUAAAAUCUUCCUUUUCGCGAAUACCUCGACCGACAGGGAAUAAGAUAAUCGACUGGCAGCCUUGCCUUUGAUGAACGUUCCGGCGAAACAGCGCCGUACGAUGGAAAUCGUAACGUAGUCAUCUUUGAAUGGACCAGGCUGACGGAUAAAUAAUCUGCGAGUAUGUGUCAUCAAAUCGCUCCCGACGAACGGUAACCUGUCAUUAACGUCCCACCCGAGCGUCGCGACGUCAAACAAGGCGCUUGUAUGUGAUUGAUCGUCAUAGCCUUAUCCUUGACUUAAUCUCCAUAUCGAGCAAACUUCGACAACCGCUUCUUUUUCAAAAUGCGUAGUAUCGAUGAACGCGUGGACAGAGUAAGCACCACGGGCAACGAAGUAACGAAUCGAAGCCAAGGAAAGUGGUGGCAUUUGAACGAUGAGAAUGUCGUUCGUCUUUUAGAAUGACGUUGUAUCGCGGGUACAAAGAGCAAAUAAUAAUGGAAGUUGAGUUUUUAGAUUUUUGCGACGUACGAAGAGAUAAACAGCGACGAAAAUAGUGCCAAAUGCGCUCGACAGACGCAUCACAAUUAUGAGAAGCAUCGAGGUAGCGAGGAUACGAUCACGGCCGCGAUUCCUUUACGAGGAUAAUUGCAAUGUGAUUCAUUCUAAGCAAAUUGCGAGUUAAACGAACGCGACGGUAGCAAAGUUCGGUGUAAAACGAUGAAAAAUAUGCAUUUCUUCGUUAUACGUUUUGUACCUCACUGUACGAAAACUUAAUAGUAAUUGAUAAAAAUAGAAAUAAAGAAAAUACAAAAAAAAUAUAGGUAAUCAAAGGACGCGAUAGACUUGCGUUCAAGAAAGUUGCUCACACAAGAGAUCAUCUUCUUACGAUACGACUCUGUCUUUACUAAUCCGCUCUUAUACAGGGUAUUCCAUCUGAAUAUCUCCUUUAAUUGUGGUGAUACAACAAAUAUGAAUCGUGUUAUCGAGUUAAAAAUACGUUUUUACGUAUGUACAUGAUAUAACCUUUGACUUCGAAAAGUAAAAUGAAACGAAAAAUAUUUGUCUUUCGAGAUCACAAACUUCAGAGUAGGGCUGGAAUAUGAUCCAGAUAAAACACACAAAAUAUUCAGAACUAUGGCCUUUCCUACACUGCAUACGGCCCUGAUAAAUCAGCUUGGUAUUUGACGCUUACGCAGCCGGAGGACAACAGAAUAAACACUUUUUGUGCCAGUUAUUUAUAUGUUGUAUCUGUUGACACAGCAAAUGGCUUAGAAAAGAUUCUCAGAUAACAUUGAAUUCUCCAAGGAUUUAGAUGAUCUUGUUUAGGUAGAAUAUCUUACAUAUAUCGAAGCUCAUAUAAUUGUUAGCUAUCGCGAUUUAAUUGGCACGACGAAAAUGUGUACUUAAAUUACUUCGCAGGACUAGUAUUUUAUAAGAGCCGAUAUAGCCUUGCACUUCAUUUAGACUUUAAUCAACUCUUUCAACUUUUGUAUCGAAGAUAUCUCAAUAAAGACUCUUUCUCGUUAAACGUCUACAUGUCGUUGUCGACACAUUAUUUCGUAAGUGUAUAUAAAAAUUGCUCUAAUUAAAAAAUUACUA